AUGGCGGCGGGGCCUGGCGGCUGCGGGGCCGGGGCCGAGGGGGCCGUGCCCGCCGCCACCCGCCUUCAGGCCUACGCCUGGUGCCGCGAGUUCCUCGCCGGUUCCUGGAAGCUCAUUGGGCCGACGAGUUCGCGCCGUGUCCCCGCAGCGGGGGCCUCAGGCAACCUGCUGUUCAAGUGCGCGCUGCCGGAGCACAUCCUGAGCGUGGGGGAUGAGCCGCGGCAGGUCCUGCUGCGUGUCCUCGCUUGAUGUCCACAGGGAGUGGAUUCUUUGGUGCUGGAGAGCGUGAUGUUCGCCAUCCUGGCCGAGCGGGCGCUGGGGCCGCGGCUCUACGGGGUUUUUCCUCAGGGACGGCUGGAGCAGUACAUUCCGAGCCGGCGCCUGCGGACCGAGGACCUGUGGGACCCCGACAUCUCCAAGGAGAUCGCGGUGAAGAUGUCCCGUUUCCACGGCAUGGUGAUGCCCUUCAACAAGGAACCCAAGUGGCUCUUUGGGACCAUGGAGUGGUACUUGAAGCAGAUUUCGGAGCUCACGUUCCCUGAGGAAGAGCAGCGGAAGAAGUUCCACCACCUCAAGGCUUACAACUUGGAGGAGGAGAUGAAGAACCUUAGGGAGCUGCUGGAGGCCACCCCAUCGCCCGUGGUCUUCUGCCACAACGACGUCCAGGAGGGGAACAUCCUGCUGCUGGCCGGCCAUGAGGAUUCCUCUUCAGACAAGUUGAUGCUCAUCGACUUUGAGUACAGCAGCUACAACUACCGGGGCUUUGACAUCGGCAACCACUUCUGCGAGUGGGUUUAUAGCUACAGCCACGACUGCUGGCCCUUCUUCAAGGCGUCGCCGGAGAACUAUCCCAGCUGGCAGCAGCAGCUCCAUUUCAUCCGGCAUUACCUGUCGGAGGACUCGGGGCGCCGCGAGGACACCACGCACGAGGAGCAGGCCCGCAUCGAGGAGGAGAUGCUGACUGAGAUCAACCGGUUCGCCUUGGCCUCACACUUCUUCUGGGGCUUGUGGUCCAUCCUGCAGGCCAAGAUCUCCACCAUCAAGUUUGGGUAUCUGGACUACGCACAGAGCCGCUUCGAGGCAUAUUUCCAGCACAAGGCUCAGCUCUCCUGAGAGCAGCGCCCCCCCAAGCUCUGCCUGUGCCCCCCCCACAGCCCCCCCACAACCUCCCCUGCUGUGGGGCAGGCGAGGAAAAGGUCGGGGGGGGCUGCAAGUAGGGCUUGGAACGGUUGGAUUUGGGGGCUGGAAUGGUUUUAGGGGGCCAG